AUGAAGUUGACGGAGGAGGUUCUAAGAGCCUGGCAAAUGAGCGAGGAGGGUCAAGGCGACAAGACUUGGGAGCAUGACGAGGGUGGGAGGAGGGAGAGGACGGCGAGAGGAACGUCCUCAGAGAACUUGUACGAGGUCAGGGAGGCGGAGCUGGUUGAGAUGGUCAGGAGGCUGACAGGGCGGAACGAGGAGCUGGUGCAGCUGCUGCUGUCGGAGAAGGCGAUCAACGACCGCCUGCAGCAGAAGCUGCUUGCUGCCGACGCCUUGAGACAGCAGGUGAGGGAGCAGCAGCUGCGGCUGCUAGGCGAGGGGAAGCUGCUCAAGCACGAGCUGCUCAUGGCCCGCAGGAUCGCGUCCUCGCUGUCGGGGGCGAUGGAGGAGAGGGAGGGGCAUCAGCAGGCGCGCGAGGACGCGCUGCUGGCAUGGAACCACCUCCUCGAGGAGCAGGCGAGCGAGAGCAGCAGCCUGCUCGAGCAGACGCUGCGGAGGGUGAGGGAGCUGGAGGCAAAGGUUGCGGCUCUGGAGGGGAUGAGGGAGGAGGAGGAAGCGGGGAGAGAGGAGGAGAAGGCGCGGCUGCUCUCCCUCGAGCGGCAGACGGCAGAGCAGGAGCGAACUAUCAACACGCUUAACAAGCACAAGCAGCAGUCCGAGCGCUUCCUCCGUAGCCACUUGGAGCGACUGGUCGAGCGCCUGCAGCAUGGGGAGCAGGAGAAGGUCGGGGCGGAGGAGAUGAAGCAGCUGCUCCACGAGCACGCGACCGUGACUAGCAAGCUGACCGUGGCUGAAGCUGAACGAGAUGAAUUGCUAGAGGAGGUCCGGAGGUGGGAGGAGAAGUACGAGCAGGUGGGGCAGGGCAACCCCACGGAGCUCUUGCAGUGGCGAUGGAAGGCGAGGACGUGGGAGAAGGAAGCGAGGAAGCAGGAGGAGGAGCGGAAGCAGACCCUCGCCCUGUGCGACUGGAUGCGCGACCAGCUGAAACAAGUGGCGGAGGAGGUGAGGAGACGCACACGAGGAGGAGAGAGGGAGAUAGGAGGGUAA